AUGAGUGUGUCUAUAAAUACCAUCGUAUAUUCAGAAUUGAGCAACAUAUUUUCUGCCGCUGCCAUGAAUCCCAUCAUCCCUGUUUGGCAUCACAAUUUCGUUGACGAACUGAAAUGUAUAGACACCCUUCUUUAUUUCCAUAGAGUUGUUUCUGUCGAUACUGAGUUUCCAGGCUUUCUUAUUCGUACUCCAAGACGUGCCUGUGAGUUUCAUACCUAUUCUAAUUUGAAGCAUAAUGUGGACGCAACAACACUUAUUCAGUUGGGCCUCACCUUAUCUGACGAAAACGGCAAUAUCGCCGGUUGCUGGGAAUUCAAUUUCUCUUUUGAUGUUCAAACAGAGGUGCAUACUGAUGAUUCUUUAGAAUUUCUAAAAGACCAUGGUAUUGAUUUCGACAAGUUGAAGAAUGAGGGAAUUGAUGUUCGUUUCUUUUCGGAUGCUUUUGGUCAUAUUUUAGCCAAACAUAGAAAUUUGAUAUGGAUUACUUUCCAUGGAUUGUAUGAUAUGGCUUACAUGCUUACAAUGGUUACCAAAAACUCACUGCCUCAUUCUUCUCUUGAGUUUACUGAGUUAAUUGCAAAUGUGUUUGGUUGCUAUGUUUUUGAUAUCAAGUAUAUAGCGACAUUCUGCGAUGGUUUACGCAAAGGCCAGUUGGGGUUAGAGAAGUUAGCAAAGAUCCUUCGAGUUAAACGAGUUGGCGGCGCUCAUCAAGCAGGAUCUGAUAGUUUAUUAAGUGCAGAAGUAUAUUUUAAGUUGAAGGCAGUUUAUGGAAUUGAUGAAUCGAAACAUGUGGGGUUCUUGUAUAGCAUUGGCAACCGAAUUCGCAGAUCAGUACGUCCAAGAGUGCUGUAUCCUUCAUUUACUCGCCACUGUCAGCCCAAGAUUUAUCAUCCCAUGUUGGUUCCUCCACCGUUUUUUCAUCCUUUUGUUUUGCACCCUAUUCGCUCGAAUGUGAUGUUUUUAUAA